CGAGCGGGGAGGCUUGACUGCACCGGGACCUGGCUCCACUCUACGCGUCCCUGCUAACCGUGCGAGAUGCUGUGGCGAAGCGGCCAGCUGCUAAGGCGAUUCUCCACCGCCCGGGUCUAUUACAAAAACAAGCUGAAGUUGGCACUUAUAGGCCAGAGUCUCUUUGGGCAAGAAGUCUAUCAUAACCUCCGGAAACAAGGCCAUCGGGUAGUUGGAGUGUUCACGGUUCCAGACAAAGAUGGAAAAGCUGAUCCAUUAGCUCUGGCUGCACAGAAAGACGGCAUCCCGGUGUUCAAAUUCCCCAGAUGGAGAAUCAAAGACAAGACCAUUAAGGAAGUCAUCGAAGCCUACAGAUCGGUGGGAGCCGAACUGAACGUUCUUCCCUUCUGCACCCAGUUUAUUCCCAUGGAUAUUAUCGAUGGCCCGAAGCAUGGCUCUAUUAUUUAUCACCCGUCUAUCCUGCCCCGUCACCGAGGAGCUUCCGCUAUCAACUGGACUUUAAUUCAGGGAGAUAAGAAAGCUGGCUUUUCCAUCUUCUGGGCUGAUAACGGUCUGGACACGGGGCCCCUUCUCCUUCAGAGGGAAUGUGAUGUGGAGCCCAAUGACACAGUGGAUGCCCUUUAUAAUAGGUUCCUUUUCCCAGAAGGAAUCAAGGCCAUGGCAGAAGCUGUCCAGCUGAUUGCCGAUGGCAAAGCUCCUCGUAUCCCUCAGUCAAAGGAAGGCGCCACAUAUGAAGGCAUCCAGAAAAAAGAAAAUGCUAAGAUUUCUUGGGAUCAGCCUGCAGAAGCUUUGCACAACUGGAUUCGUGGUCAUGACAAAGUGCCUGGAGCUUGGGCAGAAACAGACACCCAGGUGGUUACAUUCUAUGGCUCGUCAUUACUGGACGGUUCUGUGCCACCUGGAGAACCCCUGGCAAUCAAAGGUGCUGAGAAGCCGGGUCUUGUCACCAAAAAUGGGCUGGUUCUUUUUGGCAAUGAUGGGAAAAUGCUAGUGGUGAAAAAUAUUCAAUUCGAAGAUGGAAGAAUGAUCCCUGCUUCUAAAUACUUCUCAAAGGGGGAAACAUGUGUGGUAGAACUCACCGAUGAGGAAAAGAAAGUGGCCCAAGAAAUCAAGGCUAUCUGGGCAGGAAUUCUGAGCAACGUUUCUGCCGUUGAGGACUCCACAGACUUCUUUAAAUCUGGGGCAAGCUCAAUGGAUGUUGUCAGGCUGGUUGAAGGGAUCCGACAGAAAUGUGGUGGGCUUCAGCUGCAGAACGAAGACGUGUACAUGGCCACCAAGUUUGGAGACUUCAUCCAGGUGGUUGUGAGGAAGCUUCGGGGCGAGGAUCAAGAGGAAGAGCUGGUCGUGGACUAUGUUUCGAAAGACAUCAAUAAUAUGACCCUGAAAAUGCCUUAUCAGUGUUUCAUCAACGGGCAGUUUGUGAACGCUGAAGAUGGACAGACGUAUGACACCAUCAACCCAACCGACGGAUCCACCAUAUGUAAAGUAUCAUAUGCUUCGGUGGCUGAUGUUGACAAAGCAGUAGCGGCUGCUAAAGAUGCCUUUGAAAAUGGCGAAUGGGGAAAAAUGAAUGCCAGAGAAAGAGGAAGACUGAUGUACAGACUUGCAGACUUGAUGGAAGAAAACCAGGAAGAGCUGGCGACCAUCGAGGCCAUUGACUCCGGGGCUGUGUAUACUUUGGCUCUGAAGACCCACAUCGGCAUGUCUGUGCAGACGUUCCGAUACUUUGCAGGCUGGUGUGACAAAAUCCAGGGUUCUACAAUCCCGAUUAACCAAGCCCGCCCAAACCGUAAUCUGACCUUCACCAAGAAAGAACCUCUGGGCGUCUGUGCAAUUAUCAUUCCUUGGAAUUAUCCCCUAAUGAUGCUGGCAUGGAAGAGUGCAGCAUGUCUGGCGGCAGGCAACACCUUGGUGCUCAAGCCAGCACAGGUUACGCCCCUGACAGCCUUGAAGUUUGCAGAGCUCACCGCCAAGGCUGGCUUUCCCAAGGGAGUGAUCAACAUCAUUCCCGGCUCAGGCGGCUUAGCUGGACAGCACCUAUCUGAACACCCAGAUAUUCGCAAACUUGGCUUCACCGGUUCUACGGCAAUUGGCAAACAAAUCAUGAAGAGCUGUGCCGUGAGUAAUUUGAAGAAAGUUUCCCUUGAGCUUGGUGGCAAGUCCCCGCUGAUCAUUUUUAGUGACUGUGAACUGGACAAAGCUGUGAGAAUGGGCAUGGGAGCUGUGUAUUUUAACAAGGGCGAGAACUGUAUUGCAGCAGGCCGGUUAUUUGUAGAAGAAUCCAUUCAUGAUGAAUUUGUGAGACGAGUGGUAGAAGAAAUAAAAAAGAUGAAAAUCGGCGACCCCCUGGACAGAGCCACCGAUCACGGCCCCCAGAAUCACAAGGCCCACUUGGACAAGCUUCUACAAUACUGUGAGAUGGGGGUGAAAGAAGGUGCCACUCUGGUGUAUGGAGGAAGACAAGUCCCCAGGCCUGGCUUUUUUAUGGAGCCAACUGUGUUCACGGAUGUUGAAGAUCACAUGUACCUUGCCAAAGAGGAGUCUUUUGGGCCUAUUAUGGUCAUUUCUAAGUUUAAAAAUGGGGAUAUUGAUGGAGUGUUGCAACAAGCAAAUAACACAGAGUAUGGCCUGGCUUCAGGGGUUUUCACAAGAGACAUAAACAAAGCCAUGUAUGUGAGUGAAAAGCUGGAAGCGGGGACGGUCUUCAUUAAUACCUACAAUAAGACUGAUGUGGCAGCCCCAUUUGGUGGCGUGAAACAGUCUGGCUUUGGCAAAGACUUGGGAGAAGAGGCUCUCCAUGAGUACCUGAAAACGAAGGCAGUCACUCUGGAAUAUUAGAUCACCUCUAGAGGUAAUCUCCAUCACUGUGUUCUCCACCCAGCGCUUGAUAGGACUCCUGGGAGU